AUGGCUGCAACUAUGGAAGAGAAAAAGGUAGAGGAACCUACCACAAAUGCAAGCGAAAGUGCUGUGGAGUGGGUCUUGUGGCAGCACUAUCUGCCACGAUACGUCAAGAAUGAUCAACAGUGGAAGGAUGACACCAGCGAGGUCGCUCAUUUCUUUGCUCACCAUCCAACGAAGACGAACCUAACGGCAGAUCUUAGCCACUUGCCACUUCCUUCUGCACACUUCUUCUUGAAGAAUGAACGCGGACACCAUGAAUUGGCACCACAGAUGCACAUGGAGUACAGUCUGUUCAAAGAAGGAACCGAACCAAGUUGGAGCGACGAGCACUGCAAAGGUGAACUCUACACCAAACACUACUUUCCAUCUAACCUAUUGGAUCAAUACUGGCAUAAUUUGGUAGAAGGAGUGAUGAAUGGUACGAUUGAAGACCAGCACAUUGUGGCCAUUCGUGUCGUGGACAAAUCACACGGCAAACAUCCGCUGUACAAACUCGAAGUAUGGCUCGACACUGCCCACCAACAAACGCGAGAUAGAAUUAGAAUGCAAGCUAUGAAGUGCGUCGAGCCCAUCGUCGACGACCACCACCGCUUCAAGUUCCACUGGCGAGACUUCUCCAAUGGUCCAAAAGCCAAGGCUAUGAAUAGCAAACAGGAAACGACGUUAUCACAUGCUGAUGAUCCUCUUGACUCCGAUCCACUCGAUGGAUGGACCAAGGUGGUAUAG